AUGGUUUCAGCACAAGUGGCUACCAAGUUAGGACAGCCUAUACCACUGGAUACUCAACAUGCAGUAUCUGUAUGUUUUCCCACUUGGGAAUCUGUAAUUUCGUAUGUGAAAAAAGACCCCAAAGUUUUAGGGUGCUUAAAGUCCGGCUACCCCAGGUUCUGGAUCCACCCCUCGAUUCAAAAGCUGCGUGACAUUUUAAUAGAAAAGUAUGCCAAAGAAAACGAGACCUGCUUUUGCUUCCCGUCUUAUAGAGUUGCCAAACGGUGCAGAGAGUAUAUAAGAAGGAAGUGCGCGCAUCGCAAUGGUAAAGUAAGGAUAUUGCAGUUAGCCACGGCAAAACCUAUUAACGAGGAGCAAAAGACGUGGAAAAGAGAGUGUAAGAUUGCGGUAGUGUUUGUAGAUGGGGCGUACGAGAAUAUAUUGAAGCAGUACUGGCAAUACACCGGCGAGAUCAUCUCUAGCAGACUAGCUGAGUAUGUUCUGCAUGAGCUUUUUAUAGUAGAGAAGAAGUCCAGCUCUGCAGAGGAAAAGGAAUACAUAGAGACGCGGUACGGCAGGAACCUGAAUUUUGCGUUUGCCGAUCGAGCCAAGGAAUUGAUCAAGAAGAGGAUCGCUACAAAGGUUAUAGAUAAGGAUGAGCAUGAUGAGGAGGAAAACUACCAUUUCUUUGUGGGGAACCAAGACGAGCAGGAUUUCCAAAACACAUUUCUGGAUUCAUCCCUUAAUGAGGCUAAUCAUGGAGAAGAUCAUGGUGAAGGGAUCAGCACCGAAGUAAAUAGUCAGGAAGAGCCGCAUAGUGGCCUCGUUUCUACUAUACCUCCGGAACCCAUCGAAAUGAGUACAAUAGAAGAAGAGCAAUGCUUAGAUGAAGAUGCCGGGAGGCGUGCACUAAGGGUUUGCCCUGAGAGGGACGUUUUCUUGUUUCCGAGUGGUAUGGCGUCGAUCUUUACUGCGCAUAGAUUGCUGUUGCAAAGGGACUCACUGCGCUUGAACAGAUCUAGAAAUGGGAACGAUGUAACAUCAUCACCGCCGAAUAAGAAAACUGUCAUUUUUGGGUUUCCUUAUGCGGAUACGUUACAUGUCUUGCAAGAGUUUAAUGAAACGUACUUUUUGGGAGAAGGAGACGAGUCAUCAAUGAAAGAACUAACAAAAAUUUUACAUUCCGGCGAGCAAAUUCUGGCCGUUUUUAUAGAGACCCCAUCAAAUCCCCUAUUAAAAAUGGGCAAUUUAUUGGAACUGAAAAGGCUUUCGGAAUUAUUUGGAUUUUUCAUCAUCAUUGAUGAAACUGUGGGCGGUAUAGUUAAUAUUGAUGGUCUACCGUUUGCUGACAUCGUUUGCAGUUCAUUGACCAAGACAUUUAGUGGGGACUCCAACGUUAUUGGUGGCUCGAUGGUUCUAAACCCACAAAGCCGGGUAUACGAGUUUGCCACACGUUUUAUGCAAUUAGAAGAUGAAUACGAAGAUUUGGUAUGGUGUGAAGACGCGAUUUACCUGGAAAGAAAUUCCAGAGAUUUCAUUGCUAGAACCAUCCGGAUUAACUACAGUACUGAGUACCUCUUAGAAAAAAUACUGAAGCCGCAUGUAGGCGAAAAUAGACUAUUCAAGAAAAUUUACUACCCUAACCUAACCUCAAAAGAAACACUAACCAACUACGACAUGGUGAGGUGUAAGAAGGAAGGUGGAUACGGCGGGCUCUUUUCACUAACGUUCCAUGAUGAGGGUCACGCUGCAGCCUUUUACGAUAAUCUAAAACUGAACAAGGGUCCUUCUUUGGGCACAAACUUCACACUCGCAUUCCCUUAUACGCUUAUGACAUAUUACCACGAACUCGACAUGGCUGAAAAAUUUGGAGUUGAGAGAAACCUUCUCAGAAUCAGCGUAGGCCUCGAGAGUCAGUCAAUAUUGGGCAAGAUCUUCCAAGAGGCAAUUGAUAAAACGGAAGAAAUAUGA